AUGGCCACCUUGCUCUCGAAGCAGUUCGUCUGCCUCUUUCUAUCCUUCGCGCUCUUCGUCACAGUCGUGCUCGGUAGGAUUAUCUGCGAACAACUGGAUCGAAGCACGUGCGCCUUUGCGGUGUCUUCCAAUGGCUUCCGUUGCCUUCUUGAGAAGCACGUGCGAGGGGUAGGCUUGGGUGAGGAGGUAUACACGUGCCGGACCUCCAGUUUGAAAGCCACCGUUAUGGCCGGCUGGGUUGAGACUGAUGCGUGCAUUGCAACCUGCAGUCUAGAGCGGGAAACGGUUGGCAUCUCUUCGGAUUUACUACUAGACCGGCGGUUCUUGGGCCGACUCUGCUCGCCGGAAUGCUUCCUGAACUGCCCCAACAUUGUCGAUCUUUACUUCAGCAUCGCCGCCGGCGAAGGAGCUUUCCUCCCAAAUUUGUGCCGAGAGAAUGGCUUUAGGAGGGAAAUAUCAGAGAAAAUAAGCUACGCAAGUGGCCCGGUGACCACCAUGAGCUCAAUUUCCAGCUUUUAUGGAGGUUACGAUCCAAAUUUCUAA